AUGAAACUACUACUUCUUGUUUGCAUUGCCAUCGCUAGUGCCUUUGCACAAUACGCCCAGCAAUACCAACAACAACAACCAAAUGCUGUUCCACAGCAGAUGAAUCCUCCACCAAGAUUCAGCCAAUACAGCAGCAACAGCCAAUACGGACAAACGUCCGGAUACGGUACAUAUGGCCAAACGUCAAACUACAAUAACGGCUACAAUAGCAAUGGCUACACGACGACGCCGUCAUACUACCAAAAUGGUUACUCAACAACUGGUUACGGUACUAACCGACAAUACGAUAACGGAGUCUACUACAACGGUGUCGCAUCGACAACGGCUCUAGCUGCUGUGGCCA